CACACGGAGUGGCAAAGCGGCGCUCGCGUCUCGUCUCCAUCUUUGUGACUUUCCCGCCAUCCACGCGACGCGUCCAAAAGUUUUUAAACAGUGCAGUGGUUUUGAAUUUUAAAUGACGUGAUAUUUUUUUGUAAAAUUCGUGUUUAAGGUCGCUUCUUAGGUGCUGAACAUGAACAAGAAAUCUCAUAAGAAAAAGCAAAAGAAGCGAGCGAGGGACGAUGGAGGACGGAACAAGGAAAAUAUCAUUGAACCUGAAGUCGAAAAGGACACUAAAGAGAAUGGGCAUGAAGAGGAAAAAGAGAAACCAAAGAAGGAGCUUUGUUACGAAGUUAAACACUCGGACGUAAUGGGCAGAUACUUGGUCGCAAGCCGCGACUUGAGGGCUGGUGAAGUGAUCAUCGAAGAGCCCGCCAUAGCCGUCGGCCCAUGCAGUGGUUGCGCCCUUAUCUGCCUCGGAUGCUAUAGAGAACUUGAUGAGACCAAUUUUGCUAAAUGCCAAGUCUGCAAAUGGCCGAUGUGCAGUAGUUCUUGUUUCGGCCAAGGAAAGUACACAGGCCACUCGACCUACGAGUGUGAGACCUUGAAAACCAUAUCACCAAAUUAUGCCAACCUGGAGGAUUUGAAGGAUUCUUAUAAUGCCUUGAUGCCUUUAAGGUGUUUGCUUCUGAAAAAAGCCGAUCCUGCGAAAUGGACAGCUCUAUCGGCUAUGGAGUCUCACAAUGACCUGCGGCGUGCUAGAGGAGAUAUUUACCCGAUGAAUGAGAAGAGCGUCGUGCAGAGGAUUCGGAAGUGGGGACUGGAAUAUGAUGCUGAAGAGAUUCAUACUAUUUGUGGGAUCCUAGAGGUGAACGCCUUCGAAGUCGGCGGCAGCGGCGCGAACGCACGCGCGCUAUACGACCGAGCGUAUCUGAUCGCGCACGACUGCACGCCCACCACGACCCACACGGACGCCGAGAAGCAGCCCGGGAGGCCGCUCACCAUCAGGGCUUCCAUCGCGCACAAGGCUGGGGACAUGAUCUCAAUCUGCUACGCGUACACUUUGCAGGGCACCCUGAGGCGCCGCGCGCACCUGCGGCUGAGCAAGUUCUUCGAGUGCGCGUGCGCGCGCUGCGCCGACCGCACGGAGCUGGGCACGAGCGCCGGCGCCUUCCGCUGCCCCAAGUGCGGCGGGCGCGUGCUGGCCGGCGCGCCGCUGGACGCCGCCGCGGCCUGGGCCUGCGCCGCCGCCUGCGGCUACGCCAUGCCGGCCCGGGCCGUGGAGAUGCUGCUCAAGAGGUUAACGGACGAGUACGAGGCGGUGGACGCGAGUGACGUCGUAGGCUUCGAGAGCUUUCUCCACAAGUACCGCAACGUGCUAUACCCCUCGCAUUACCUCUGCCUCUCGGCGAAGCACUCUCUGAGCCAGCUCUACGGGAAAGUUGAAAACUACAUGAUCCACGAGAUGCCCGAGCAGGAGCUCAACCGGAAGAUUGAAAUUUGCAAAGAUUUGAUGAAGGUGUUCGAUGUUAUUGAGCCGGGAUAUUCCAGAUUGCGAGGUGUUACACUAUACGAGCUCCACGCGCCGUUAAUGAUUCUGACAACAAGGCAAUUUGAGAAGAAAAGAUAUGUUCCGUUUGGUUAA